CUUGUGUAGUGUGUAACUUGGGUUUGACUAUAAAUGGUGGAGAACAUGAGCAAUGUAUUGUCAGACAUCCAUCAGCCUUCUUCAAAGUAUCGCUUAGUCUACAAAACAGUAACCACUCAUCGUCAUGUUCAAAAUCAUUGUGUUCUCUUGUGUCAUUGCUGCUGUCGUUGCAGUUGCUAAGCCUGGAAUUCUAUCUUCUUCACUAGGUGUUGGAGUCGUUUCAUCCCCAACGAUUAUCUCAGUUCCGACAGCGAACAUCGUCAGGACUGUUCCAGUUGCACUAGGCACUACCAUUACAGCACCUUCAAGCCAAAUAAUUUCCAGUGGCUUGGUUUCUGGAGGAAUCGUUUCCAGUGGUCUUGUAUCAGGUGGUUUGAUUUCCAAUGAGCUGGUAUCAGGUGGUUUGAUCAAUGGCGGCUUAGUAUCAUCGGGAAAAAUAUUGUCAGGAGGUUUGAUUUCUGGUAAAUUGAUCUAAAGAAAAUUUGAAAAAUAAAGAAUAUUUAGUUAUA